UAUUCAUCAAACACCCUCCCUUUUCACUAAUAAUUUGGAAAUCACUAUUAACAAAAAUGGGGUUGUGCAAGGUUUCGUUUUCUUUAUUUUGUAUGUUGGGUUUGGUGAUGGUGGGUCAUAUGGCCAACGCUCAAGACUCACAUGCAGACUACGUGAACGCACACAACGCUGCAAGGGCACAAGUGGGUGUUCCAAACUUGGCUUGGGAUGAUACCGUUGCUGCUUAUGCACAAAACUAUGCGAACCAACGUAAAGGUGACUGCCGACUGAUGCACUCGGGUGGUGGGAAUUAUGGGGAGAAUAUUGCAAUGAGCACUGGUGACCUAAGUGGCACUCAAGCUGUCAAAUUGUGGGUCGAUGAGAAACCCUACUAUGACCACCAAUCUAACUCUUGUAUUAACGGUCAGGAGUGUCUGCAUUACACUCAGGUUGUCUGGAGAAACUCUGUUCGUCUUGGAUGUGCCAAAGUAAGAUGUGAUAAUGGAGGCACUUUCAUCACUUGCAACUAUUCUCCCCCUGGCAACUAUGCUGGCCAAAGUCCCUACUAACUUGUAUUAAGCAUGUUCCAGUGUUGCACCUAACUCUUUGCUUGGGUUGCUUAUAUGUUAUGAAUAAGUGAUAACAACAUGAAACUAUGCAUAUAUAUAAAUAUUAAAUAAUAUCACGAAUUUAAGCCA